AUGGAGCCGGCGGUGUCCACGAAUCCAAUGGUGCCAAGACAGGCUCCAGCGUCGAUUUCCGAGCACGGAACGGGAGCGCGAGGUCAUCGUCUCAGCAGUUCCCAGACUUUGCUACGGACGGCCGCGGCGGGUGCUUGCAGGAAGUUUGGUCGUCUGAAAGUUGCCGCGGCCGCGGGAAAGCGUAGCAGCAGGCAAAGGGGCAACUGUAGACUGUUGGUGGACGCAGACAGUAUGAGCAUGGCCAACAUUCGGCUGGCAGCAGAUAUGCUCCGGAAAAAAGGGUGGAGCUUGGAUGUCGAGCUAUUUGCACCACCGCAGCGGCGGGAGAACACAAAGUGGCGAGCAUUUAUGGAUGAGCUGGACAUUCGCUUUCAUGGUGUUUCAAGGAGUGGAGGGUUCAAAGAUCUCAAUGACGAAGCGUUGAUAGCUCGCGCACUGCAGCUGGCCCACAUGCCAAUGGUGAAUUGCAUUUCCUUACUGGUCUCUGACUCGGAUUAUGUGGACCUUGUGGGUGAGCUGGCAUUGCUCGGCAAGAGGGCAGUGGUGAUUGUCCCUGAGAAUCGUCUAUCCAUCCUCGCCAGAUACAACGUCACUACAGCAGAUGUUUGGCCAUUGCCUUUGCCGGGUGUUUCCUCGACAUUGGUGCAGGCGAUUCUCCACAAGACAGGUAAUGGCAGUGUGCAGCUGUGCGAUAAAUUGCUGCUGCCAAGCGUUGAAGACGAGGAUCGUGCCACGGCAUUGGCUUUUCUUGCAAAUUUGGGGUACAUCAGCGGCACUGGUGACAACAUUGUCUCUUUGUCUCUUGCACAGCAAAGUUUUGGUUUCGGAAUUUCCAGGAGUGUUUGGUGGUGUACCCAGGCAGCUUUGCGCUUCACACUUUGCUUGACCAGAUGCGGACAAUGA